ACCCAAUACAAACAUAGCAAUAAAAUGUAUACAAAAUUACAAGACAACACCUCUCGAAUGAUUAUUGACUGAAUUAUUAUACAAUUUUACUAAAAUAAGCCAAGUUUUACCUCCAAGUAUUAUAUAUUUAACGUAGAAUAAGUAUGCUAAGAUGUCCGAUCUGAAAAUAUGUCGAAUAUGUUUGCGAACGGGCGGCAAAAUGUACAAAUACGAUAAAUAUCAACUGAAGAAUUAUUACGAGCAAGUUAUGUCUAUGAAAUUAAGCGAAAAGGAUAGUCUUCCAAAAAGGUUUUGUUACGAAUGUGCCACACUACUUCACAAGUUCCAUAAGUUCAAGGAGAAAUGCUUCACCGGUCAGAAGAUGCUAAACGAAAUACUUUGGAAAGGGGCGAUAACUUACGAAUCUCUUAAAACAAUAGACAGACAAAGUCACAGUCUGACGUCUCUAGACGUAAUAACCAUAAGCAAAAGAGUGAAAACGCACAUCUACAAACACAAACAAAAGCCUAGAGUUAAAAUACAACAAAUAGAAUUACCACCUAUAGAGAAUGUAGAGAUAGAUUUACAAAGCGAAUGUUCGUUUAGAGACGAUUACGAUGAUAAAGAAACUAUUGAAACCAAGGUAGCUAAUAUAGAAAACGUAUUUACUGAUGAUGUGAAGGUACCUGAUGAUAAAUUGUCAUCCGAUGAUGAGACAUUACUAAUAAAUCUAGGUAAGAAAGACGAUGACAAAAAGGUAAUAGAAACCAAAAUAGAUUAUGAUGGAAUGUCAUCGGAUGAUGAAAAAGCUCUCAUAGAUUUAAGGAAAGAGAAUGUUGAUAAGAAGUCUAAUAAUAACAUCCUUUUAAAUAAGAAAAAGGUCAAAAAGAAAGAGAAGAAAAAGAAAAACAGAGAGAGUGAAGAAAACACAAAUAAAUUCCGUUUGGAGUCACGGAAAGGGAAAUUUCUGGAUUCGAAUAACUGGUUGAAGAUAUAUUUGAAUGAAGAGGAGGCUGAGAGGGAGUUUAAGGCGCGCGGUGAGGACCGCAAGUACCUCAAGGCUCCGUACAAGUGUACGGAUUGUUUUAAAGGAUUCUCGCAGCAGGAUAUGCUGGAUAGGCACAUCAAGUUGAGGCAUGUAGAGACUCUAGGUCCAAUCGAGUGCCGUUUCUGCCGCAUGAGGUUCAAAUGGAAGUGCUAUUUGACGAGACACAUGCCGCGACACUACACGAUAUACAAGUGCCUGCGGUGCAACCUUGUUUGUAGGAUGGAAACUUCAGCAGUUUUCCACGAAGACUAUCACAACGGCGUCAUACGGAAAUGCAAGCACUGUGGCGAGGAAUUUAAACACCUGUCGACGUACUACACGCACCUGCGCACGCACCGCAGCGCGCACGUGUGCCGCGCGUGCGGCGUGUCGUUCGUCAGCGCCGCCGGCCUGCAUCUGCACCGACUCGUCAAGCAUGUGGGCGCGGCGGAACAGACACAAGAUGGCGCUAAAACUGAUGCUCCAAGCGACACGUACUGCGAGCGAUGCAACAUAAAGUUCGAGACGCGACACGCUUAUGAGGAACAUCUGUUCCACUCCGCCAUGCACUCUAAAGGCGUCGAGGACCUAGCUGAAGACACUCCUGCGCCGGCGUGUCCCAAAGUGAGGAAGAAAGGCAUGAGGACUCCGCGGAAACCGACCACCUGUAGCUACUGUGGUAAAAUAUUCCCAACACAGUCGGCGUGUAUGAAGCACCACCACGCUGAACAUCCCCGGACGCCGUUCUUCCCAAACGAGGAGAGGCAUAUCUGUGAGAUCUGUGGAAUGUCCUUGGCUGCAGUAAGCGUGGCGCAUCAUCUAAACACGCACACGCGCGAACGCCUCUUCACGUGCAACACGUGCGGCGUGCAGUUCAACUCCAAGAGCAGUAUGAACCGACACCAAUUGACGCACACGGGAGAGAAGCCGUUCGCGUGUUCGCUAUGUGACAAGCGGUUCACGCAGAGCAACAGCGUGAAGCUGCACUACAGGACCUUCCAUCUCAAACAGCCUUAUCCUAAACGAAACAGAAGAAAAAAGACGGACGAGGUGACGCUGGCCGAGGACUUCAGGACGGAGGGCGAGUCGGAAUCACUCACGCUCGAUAGAUGGCGCUAAAUUAAAUUUAAACUACGAACGCAGCUGUACAAAAUAAUUUAUAACUACCUUAGUGAUAAAGAAGUUCUCAAAGUUUAUCGAUAUUAAAUAUACACCAAUCAGAAUACGUUUGACGUGCUUAUAAAGUAUUACUAAUAUUGAUGGGAAUAUUCUGUUAAAGGUUGGGAUCAUUAAAUGUAAUCCUCCGAUAAUGUUUAAAAAAAAAUGGAUAUAAGACCUUUUCUUAUACAGGCUUGGUAAAUCGUUAAUUGUAAUCCUCCGAUAGUCAAAAAGUCUUGGAAAAAGGAACGUUUUUAAUACAGGCAAAGUAAAGUGAGCCCAUUGCAUCUGAUUAGUGCAGUAGGGUCCAAAUAAAAUGUUAACUGACAAAAAAUAUUUACCCCUUGCCAGUCAACUAUGCCGGUCUAUUUACAACAGGGGCCUUAUUCUCUAUCCCGCACGUUAUUUUGACAGUGCGUAACAAGCACUUAACACAGCGCAUCAUGUUUAGGACUAUAGAAAUUUGGCUUACAGAAUACCAUUCCACGCACAUUUCUCGAAGAUAACAUGACACGGCCGCGUUACGCGUUUACACUAUCAUACAGAAUAAGGGCCCAGGAUAUACACAGGCUGGUCCUGGAACGCGACACACUUAUGUGGGCCAGUAUGGCGGGUUUUACUCCUUAUGUACGGUGGUCACUAUCCGGGUGGAUACAAAUACCCCACCACUAGCAAAUGUGCACCGAAUUUCCCUUUUCCAGUGUCCAGAGUAUUAUGUAUACAAAAGGGGUAAUUUGCUUAGAAUGUGCAAUAAAAUACACGACACGACUCCGUGUCGUUUUAUUGUGAUUGGUUGAGAGACUAACACGUGACUGAGGCAUCGAUCUCUCGACCAAUCACAAACGUCGAAAUUAAACGACGUCGAGUUACAAGUCGCGUUUUUUUUGGGAUAUUUUAAGGUGGUUGAUAUCGGCAUUUCAUUAGUUUUGACGCUUUCUACAAAGACAUUUUUUGAGAAUAUUUCGAGAUCAAGAUGGACUUAAUAAAGAUGCCGGAAUGCUGGCCGCUUCCAACAAAUCUAAAAUACAGAAUAAACCUAUCGGCCGUUCUCAAUAAACUAUCACUAUUUUAUUAGUUAAUCCGAUCCCGAGAAUAAACCAAUAAAUAUUAAUCCUUUGUAAGCACGUCAUAAAAACGUUGUUCUGAUUGGUCCAUUUUCGCCAUGAUUUAAAACGGAGAUAAUUUAUUAAAAACGGCGGUAUUUUAUGUCAAAUGCAAGUAACCUGACAAGUGACAUUAAAUUUGACAUCAUCGUCAUAUGUUUCUGCGACGGAAACAACAAAAAAGAAACGGCUUCCACAAUAUACUUUCCCAAUUAAUUCGGUACCUCAUAACAAUAAUCUAAUAUGUGGCCUAAUAAACACGUGAUGGUCAAUAUUAAACGAAACAAACCAUCAUGUUGUUGUUUAUGCCGCAUACUUGGGACAGGAAUACACAUGUUACUGAUAAAAGUUAUGCGUCUACGCAUUUAUUAAAUCUGGCACAUUGUGUAAAAUUAUUUGUGAAAAUAAAUUAACUUUAGAUAGCAGAUCUCGUAAUCCAUCCCGUCUGGAGAGAUUUAAUUUUCCUUAUAGCGGCGUUAAGGUAAAACACCGUGGUAAUAAAGGAAUAGAUGGUUGCGUUUCUCUAUGGAAGGGGAAGAUUUCCAGCCAGGCAGAUGUUGCGCCCGACCUGUAGCGGCCCCUCCGAUGGUUCUAAUUCGGAGGUGGUAUAUAUGCAGCGCGUCGCGUAAAUUCUGCAACCGCAAGCCAGUAUCGUCUAUCGCCAUCUAGUGUGAUGCUAUGCGAUAUUACAAUUAUAUUGCAUAGCAUAUUGUACCGCCACAUCCUAUUUCCGACAUUAUUGUAAUAGUGAUAAGUUACACAUAUCCUUGUUAGUAACAUGUGCAUUCCAAACCAACUUGAACUGUAUUUGUUAAAACAUUGUUUAAAUUUUUUGAAAUUUUUGCAAAGUGACGCUUAUAACAUUUGCGUGGAUUAGUGAUGUCUUGUGUACGUGUAGGUUGUAGUAAAUACAAUUUUCUAUACA